ACUUCCAAUACUCAAUAUAUAGUAAAACAAAGUGUUUUGUCCACUUCUCUGGACCCUUGAGUCACAUCAUAUUCCCAUUAUUUUUGCGUAAUAUAUCAGACACACCCAAAGGAGGAACCCAGAGCUUCUGGAGUAUUUAAAGCAGACAGGACACUGGAGCCCAUGCUGCCUGAUGCGAGGCUCAGCUGCAGAUCAUGACUCUUCUUCCUCUGCUCGCCUGUGUUCUGCUGGGAGCACUCAGUGCUCAGGCCAAAGUGAUCUCAACGUUUAAUGAGUGCAGGAGAUUUUUUUACAAAGGAGUAGAACCACAAGGAAUGGAUCAGAACGCUGUUAAAAUCUGUCAGAAAUAUGGAGGGAGCUCAUCAUCACACUACGCCACUCUCUACUCGACGCACCACCGAAUUCCUCUGUACAGCGCGUACACAUUUAACCCUGGAGGCGGGAGUACAGGGCAAUCACUAUGGUUUAUUGAGCCACAGGUUUCAGGAUUCAAUGAAGAAAAAAUGAGCCCGGAGUCAAAAUUCAACAGUGAUGCAAUAAAAAGGAACCAGGCCCUCAACAGUGACUACAGUUACACAGGAUACGACCGCGGGCAUCUAAACCCCCAGAGCUUCCAGCGUGACGAAGGCCGCGUAGCAACGUUCACCCUGACCAACGCUGCGCCCAUGGAUCCGUGUUUUAACCGCGUCCGCUGGUCUCAGUGGGAGAGAAUGCUGAAGAAUCUUCUCAAUAUUAUGCCUUCAACUGCCUACCUCGUCACCGGCACCGUCCCUCGUCCAGACUUCCGCAUACCUCAGAGAGAGUAUUCCAUGAGCCGUGACUUUCAGAGGGUGACUGUGCCCUCGCACGUUUGGACGGCGGUCUGUUUUAAGCACCCCUUUGUUGAAGAGGAGUCAUUUUCUUUUGGCUACAUGGGACCAAAUGAGCCGGACGGUAAAAUUGAGUUGAUGACUGUUCCACAAAUGAAUGUUAUGCUGACAAAUCUUUAUAAAAACCCUUCGUCUGUUAAGAUUUUCACUGACGAUUGUUUCUCUGAGAGCAGGAAAUCCGAAGAGGUUCAAGAAAAGGUGAAAGCAAUUCGAGAGCCGUUGAAACUCAAAAUAACCGAAGGUGACCAGACCAGUUAUAAAGAUAUGUCCACAUAUUUCUGGCAAACAGAGAUAAUGAAGGCAGGAAUUAAGACAGCUUGUGUUGUAAAAGAGAUCAAAGGAAAGUGGACUGAGCCCGACGACCUCAGAAAGAGGGACAUGGACGAGGGGUCCGAUGGUGUUAAGUGUCAGCAGGUCCUAGAGAAAUCUGACGCUGCGGCGAUGACUGCGGCAGAUGGCACGCGUUGUCUGAGUGGUGAGCGCUACUGCAAAACGGAGAACGGCUUCAAGCCCUGCUGCACCACGCCUUGCUUAUAUCAGGAGAAACUCAAGGGCUACUGGUGUUCCUCAGGCCAAGCUCAGAUCCAGUGCUCACCCCAGUACUCUGCCAUCACGGUUAAAGGGAACAACUGCAAGGAAGACCACCCGUGCGGCAAGUACGACGAAGACUACUACUGGUGUAAAGUGCCAGGCCUCUUGACGUCUUGGGACUACUGCAGCCCUCCGCUUUGGAGGAGCAAAGCUAUAAAUGGGCACUACUGCCGUCCCAACCACGCCUGCGCCAAAUACGGUGAAAAGUAUUACUGGUGCUACACUGAUUUCAACAACAACUGGAACUACUGCUGCACCCAUGACCACUGCCUCUCAGCUGUAGAUGGCAAAACCUGCAAGCCUGACCACCCGUGUGGCUACUACAAGAAGAGUUACCUGUGGUGCUACACCACUGACGGCAAAUGGGACUACUGCUGCAAGCAAUGUCGGUAGAAGCAGACAUUAGAAACCCAUCAGUGCAUCUGUCACUGAAGUAGGGCUCCGCGAAGCUGAUAUACUAGAGCGUUUAAUUUACGUCACGUAAUAUAGAACUUAAACGAGCUUCACUGAUUAACACAGCACUGAGCUAAAGACAGAGACGCCAAUUAAAGGCACAAGUUAUUCAUUUUUCAGGAAAUAUUUCAGCAGAGAUUAGAUUUAAGAUGUUGAACUGUUCAACCCAAACUGUUCAAACCUGCAUGACUGUAUCUCUUGCUUUAUAUCUCUUUAUUAAACC